CGGGUCCGGUGCGGGAGGGAGGGACGGGCCGGACCGCACCGGAGCGGCCCCGGUGUGCGGCGGCCGAGCCGCUCCCUCCUUCCCCCAGCCCCGGUGCCGCAGCUUCUCCCGGGGCUCCGUCUGUGCCGGUGCGGGGAUGGAGCUGCUGGACGGCGGCAGCAUCUCGCUGUGGACCGUGGUGGGGGCCGUGCAGGCGCUGGAGCGGAGCGUGGCCGCACACGCGUCCCGCCUGCUCAGCCUGGAGCACCGCGCCGGGAACGCCGAGAAGAAGCACCUGGAAUACGAGAAAGGAAUGGGAGAGUUGGGGAACCAGCUUGACAGCAAGUGGACGGCGCUGGGCAACCUUGUCCAGGAGUACGGGCAGCUCCAGCGGCGCCUGGAGAACAUGGAGAACCUGCUGAGGAACAGGAACUUCUGGGUGCUGCGGCUGCCUCCGGGCGGGGGAGUCCCCAAGGCCCCGACCCUGGUGUUGGAAAAUGACGCCACUGGCUUUUCGGCUCAGGAGUGGGAGAACCUGGAGGAGUGGCAGAGGGAGCUGUGCAGGAAGGUGCUGGCAGGGAAGAGCCAAGCCCUGAUCCUGCCGGACGAUGCCGUGCCUGAACCUGCCCUCCUGUCCCAGCUCCAGGGAGGGGAAGUGCCCUGCGGUGAGGAUGAGGCGGCUUCCACAGAGAUCCCAGAAGAUCCAGAUACAGGCAAGAGAUUGUCGGUGCCCGGUGCCGCCGGUCCGGGCCCGGCCGCAGCGUGCAUGGCCGGUCCCCGCGCGGGGCGCUCCGUGGCGGCGCGGCUGCUGCGGCUGGAGGCCCGCCUGGCUCGGGCGGAGCGGCGGCUCCGGGCCGCGCUGGCCCUGGGCGGGCGGCUGCGGGCGCUGGAGCGGCGGCUGCAGCCCGGGCCGGCGAGGCCGCGGGCCCCGCGGGUGCCGGAGGAGAAGGUGUGGGUGCAGCUCGGGCAGCGGCAGUGGCGGGCGCUCCGCCGGGCCGUGCUCCGCGGGCACAGACACGUGCGGCCGGGGCGCGGCCCGGACGGUGCCGGACACAACGCCCACCCCCCGGAGGACGGCGGGGACCGGGACGGGCAUGGGGAUCCCGCGGAGAACGGCAGCGAAGACAGCAUAAUCCAGAUUAAGCAAGAGGAAGAGCUGUGCGCUGCAGUUCAGGAGGAGGAGGAGGCUGGAGAAGCUCCUGGAGAGCCCUGCCCAGCAGAGCAAACGUUUUGUGAUCCUGAGGCAUCCAGUCAGGCCAGGAAAGACAAUGAGGUGGAUGCCAGGGAGCUGCCAGGCGCCCAGGGUGAGGACAUUCCAAGACACCCUGCCACAGGAUUUCAGACUUAUGCAACGGAGGUUUCAUCGUGGAUUAAACGAGAGGAGGAGCCGCGCUGCCCUGAGCAGCAGCACUUGGAGAGGGAGGAAAUCUCCGCAGAUCCAGGUACAGAUGAAAACACGAAGAGGAACCCUCCAGCAGAUUGCUUUGAGAGCACCACCUGUGACUCAGGGGCACCAGGAAGGCCAGGAGAAAGGUUUCCCAAGGAUCCCAGCCCCGGAAUGCCAUGGGACGGCCAGUGGAACUCAGAACUGAUGGAAACAAACAGCACUGGCAUUGGGAACGGGUACGGCCGAGGGUUUGGUGAGCACUUGGAUUUCUUCAGUGCUCAGGAAAAGAGGCCGUGUGUGUCCAAGUGUGAGAGAAACUCCCCGCAGCAGGACCAGCCCCAGGCUCCUCAGGGACCAGGGGAGAUGUUUCCAGGCCCCACGUGUGAGAGGGUGUUCCCUCUGCUGCACCCACAGCUGGGGGAGAAGGGAAUGGGGCCGGGAGCCGCCCCUGCCCCCUGCCCGGGGCCCCGCUCCGAGUGCGGACAGACCCCCGCAGGCACCGCCAGGCUGCGGGACCAGGACCUGGGCGGGGAGGAACCUGCUGAAAACGAGGAGAACUUCCCCAUGGACACCUCUGGAGCCUGCUGGGAUCACCCCCUGGCCCGGGGCAGCCCCGUCCACCAGCAGCAGAGCCAGGGCCGGGGCAAGUCCUACAUUUGCAGCGACUGCGGGAAAAGCUUCGUUUGCCACUCGUGGCUGGUCAGACACCAGACAACCCACACGGGAGAGAGGCCCUACAAGUGCUCCGAGUGUGACAAAACCUACAGGAGGAAGGAUUACCUCCUCAACCACCAGCGGCGGCACACGGGGGAGGGCCUUUUCCAGUGUCCCCUCUGCAGGAAGAGGUUUGUGCUCAGGAGGAGCCUGGUGAAGCAUCAGGAAAGCCACGUGCAGGAGGCACAGCUGCCGCUGGCUGGCUGGCCCUGCACUGACAUCAGGGGCUCGGUGAUGCAUUCCAUAUAAACCCCCUCCCCUCAGCCCCCUCGGGGCGGGGCAGGACCCCCAGCUCUGUCCCCCACCGCGGUGGGAGGAGGAGGCUGUGGAACAGCCACCCCGAGCCCCUCCCAGGCCAAGGGAGGUGGUUGGGGGGUUAUUUUCCACCAGUGCCUGUAGAUGUGGGGAGGUUUGGGAGCUCAGAGGUGCUGCUGGCUGGCUGUGAGCCCACGUGGGAGAGAAACCACAUGGACACGGAGCGAUGUGGGAUGUGUGUUACAAAGAAGAGUUAUCUAACAGAGAGAAAAUAUCUGAAAUGUUAUCCCGCGGCUGCUGGGAGUCCAGAAGAUCACACGU